GUGUACAUUAUCAUGACGGCCGCCACCGGAGGAACACCGUAUAUUGUGGUUGAACAGACAAAAGCCGUGACGUCACUGGGCAAACCCCCCAGAGCAGUGGUCAGUGGAAUAUACCGAGUCACAUAUUGAACAUGUCGCAGUGCGUGUGUCCAGGUGAUCUUUGAAGAAAAUUUUGAAGUGAGAACAUGUAAAUUCUGGAAUAGUAAUAAGCUCCUGAAAAGUUGAAAGCAGGCGCUGGUUCGUGAUGGAGGCCUUGGAAGCAACUUGUCUUUCUCUUUGCUUCGAUAGCGGUGUCUCGUGGCGUUGUCUUCUUCCCGGGAAAUGUCCCUUCAACUGGGGGAGGUUUUCCGUCCAGUGGGGGCAAUUUUCCUUCAAGCGGGGGGAAUUUCCCUUCAACUGGGGGAAGUUUUCCGUCCAGUGGGGGCAGUUUUCCUUCAAGCGGGGGGAAUUUCCCUUCAACUGGGGGAAGUUUUCCGUCAACAGGAGGUUUCUUUCCUCCGCCUGGUAGCAACUUCCCCAUCCAGGGACAAACGUUUCCUGUGCCCUGUGCUUCCCAAGUCGAGGUCUUUCCUGGCGUUCUCCUACUACAUAAGGAGUCCAGGGUAUCCUUCGCCUUCGCCUCCUUGGACGCUCUGCCGAUGGUCCUUCUUUACUCGGGAUGUCUCUCGGCGCGUGGCGAUCACUUGCCAAGACUUCUCUCUGCCAGUCUCGUCUGAUUGCAGGAGUGGCUCGUUUCUCGCCGUCGAUUCAGGCACUAAUGCGUAUCAGUGGUUCUGCGGCGAGAACGGACCUCGAAACGUCGCCUCAACAACCAACAUCCUGGAGGUCGUCUUCUGGAGCAGCUGGAUCCCCUCCACCGCCUCCAAAGGGAUCAGCUGCACGGUGGGAAUCGCUUCCGCCGAUACUGCUUCUCGCGUCUGUAGAUGCGGCCAGCGUGGUACGAACAACCGUAUAGUGCCUGGCCUGGAAAACAACAGGGUGGUGGGUGGAGUGGCUGCCCGCCUGCAUGAGUUCCCUUGGCAAGUGCUGCUGAUACUGCCCGAAAACAGAUUCUGUGGCGGCGUCCUUAUCAACGAACUCUUUGUCCUCACGGCCGCCCACUGCAUACGCCCACCGGCCCUCCCAGGAACCGCCCUCCCCGAGGUGGUGGUCGGCGAGCACGACCGAUCGCGGACCGACGAGACCGCGUCCACGAAAAGGCUCUCCGUCUCGAGGGUGAUCGUGCACGAGGGCUACAACGACUCGGUCUCCAGCGAGAACGACAUCGGCCUCGUGCAGCUGUCCUCCGCCCUCGAUUUCACGGCUACUUGGCCCGACGUCGCCCCUGCGUGCCCCCCCGACGCCCUCAGCACCUACGACAACGCCACCGUCACCGUCGCAGGAUGGGGUUACCUAAGUUACCCCACGAAUCCGACCCUGCCAAGGGUUCUACAAAGGGUGGAUAUCCAGACAGUGCCCGUGAGGGAGUGCAUGACGCAAUACAGGGAAGGAAAAGUCACGAGCAAUAUGAUCUGUGCAUCGGCUCCUGGGAAGGACGCGUGUUUUAGCGACAGCGGGGGCCCCCUGAUGGCACAGCAGAACGACCACUGGGCGGUGAUCGGCGUCGUGUCCUUCGGGCCGACCGCUUGCGCUCAGCCUGGUGUCGCGGGCGUCUACACGAGAGUGGGAAAUUAUCUCCCUUGGAUUGUUCGUAAUAUUGGCAACGCUCGUACGUGUCCUCCCUGAUACACGUGUCCCUUGUACAUGACACAUAUGUCUUCCUUGGAAAAUGCUGACCAGCCUCUCCACUGGAUCCUGCACUAGGGCUGUCCACACUGGCCGAGCAAAUCCCAUCCUAGAGGGAAAUUGUUGUUAGUUGGAGAGCGUGGGAUGUACUGCAAAGAGAAGGCAUUAAUAGGUGUAUUGAAAGCAUUGAAGGGUGUACUGUUGUUGUUGUUGGAAAGCGCGGAAUGUACUGCAAGGAGAAGGCAUUAAAAGGUAUACAGAUAAGAAUGAGAUUUCGGGGUGAAUAUCACGUGGAAAUCUGUUUGUGGUGUUUUGUUCAUUUUUGGUUGGUUAGAACAUAACUUGUACAUCUUUUUAAAGAUUGAUUGAUUUAUUCAUAUACAGGCGACGUUGCUCUUGCAAGGGUGGGGAUAACUAAUGACAAAUAUGACAGGCUGGUGAUGAUUGCUUGAAUAAAUACGAUGUUAUCAGGAUGUGGUGCAUUCAGCCAACCAGCUUCUUCACAGCAUUUUCGCGUCGGGUAUAGCUAUAAUUGUCAUGGGAAUAUAUGACAUGUGAUGUGAUUUUUCUGUUUUGCUAAACGAUAUACAGUACGAUGCAAAUUAAGAUUCAUUAAUCAAAGAAUUAUCGUUUGAAAAAUGUUAGGGAAAUGUAUCGAUUUUAAUUAUAUUCUUGCUGGCUGGACAAUGCCCUUUAAGUGUAAGCCUUGUAAAAGACAUAAUUAGUGUAAUUUGUAUAGUACUGUGAAGAUAUAUGAUAGUGAAUUAAAUCAGAUGAUUUUAGAAGAAUAUCAUACACCUUUUUUGUUUUUGUUGCUAUAGAAAAUAUAUACCUGUGUUAUAUUAUGACGUGUUUGGUAAGUACAGAUGCUUCUAGCAAGUUCUGUAAGUAAGCUUGUGUUGGUUUGCGGCUAAAAUCUGAGAUUUAUAUUUGAUAAUAUUCUGUUUAUAUUUCCGUUUUCCCCACUGUCUGUCUAUCUAUCUUUCAAUCUCUCUCUCUCU